GUUCUUGUAAAACCGUGCAAAUGAUUCAUUUUUCAUCUACAGUUAUUCAUGGUAGUUUUAUUUUGAAACAUGAGAAGAGUUUUGAUGACUUUUGUAUUUGUUCAGUUUUUUCAGUACCUUUUCUCAGACUGCAUUGUGGGAGAAACAUGGUAUGAAAAGUGCAGAAAAUGUAAAUGCAACAUCAAUCAAAAGCCCAAAUGUGAGGUACAUUCCUGUAACUCCAUAGCUGUUUGUCCGUCGAAAAUGAUAUGGAUGUCUGACGAACAGAGAUGUUAUUGCGAUCGCCCAUUACAACAUUCCGUUUGUGUGGAUAUAGAAUUUCAAAAAGAUAUGAGAGGACAUGCUUGCGAUCAAGAUACAUUUUUUUAUGACUCGUGCACACUCUGUAUUUGCCAAGGCGGUCGAACAGCUUGUGUGGCUUACUCCAACUGCUUCAAUCCAAGAGGAGGUAUAUGCAAUGAGGGCGACAGCAUUAUAGACAAUUGCUUCAAUUGCACCUGCACCCAUACUAGGUUCCUCAAAUGUGUCCUGAUAGAAAAAUGUUGGUCUAGAGAAAAUAAAGAAGGAAAAUGCCCUACUCGAAAAAACAUGUUAUUUGAUUUGGGAUGUAUCAUUGGAAUAGAUCAAGAAUGUCAUUAUGACUACGAAUGUCCAGAUGAAAAAAAAUGUUGCCAAGUGACAGAGUGUUCUUUCCGCUGCCAGAAACCAGUUAUCGAUAAUUAAAGCAUUAAAAUUUAUUCUUUUGAUAAUAUAUUUGUGAAUCUUUUCCUGGGGAAAACAUCGCAAAAUAAAACAAAUAUUCACA